AUGGAUGGAACGGAUGACAAAGAUGAAAGUUGGAGAAACGAUUGUUCAUACCAAGAAAGGAUGUUUGAUUGCGACGAACAUUUAUGUUCUAAUGAUUUGUGGUCUUAUGGUGAAGGAGAAUGUAUAAAUGGCCAUGGUCAUUUUGUUUAUCAACCAUGUCUUGUUCGUGAUGAUGAAUGUAGAUGUAUGAGAGAGUACAAUUAUCAAUGUGAAACGAGUACACGUUAUCAACAAUGGACGUUACCAAAUGGUUUAUGA